GUCGCGGCUCGGCUCGGACAUAAAUCGAAAUCUCGAAACAAAAUUUCCGCGAAAACCGCGCGUUCGUCGUUCCGUCUCGCUUCAUCCUUUACAGAUUGGUCUAAGCUAGUGCUCAGAAAUUUUGUUCAAAUCCUAGACCACAGAGGAGCAAAGAAGGAAAAAAAUGGCGCCCUGAAUGUGUUGUUAGCGAAUCAUCGACUCAGCGCGAGUGAGAGAGUGAGAGGUGAAGAAGAGUGUGAGACAAUUUUCUAGGCUAGUGAAAAGCGAUAGGACCCGUAGAUUAUGGGAAAUCAACCGACGAAACACUCCGGUAGGCCUAAGAAGGCUGUCCACUGGAAAACAGCAGAACCUCCGUCUCCACCGGGGAAACCAACGCUGGUGCCGGGAACGCCGAGCGAUUCGACACCGGAUGUCGUAACGCUUCGUUGGAAACGGCCCACGAGUGAUGGCGGCUCGCCAAUUCUUGGCUACAUAAUCGAGCAUCGGCGCACCGGUUCACCGCACUGGGUUCGAGCAACCGCUCAGCUGAUCCAAUCGAACGAACUGUCCAUCACCGGACUUGAGCCGGGCUGGCGGUACCAAUUCCGAGUGCUUGCGCAGAAUAUCGUCGGGCAAUCAGAGAGUAGCGAACUGUCUGAGGCCCUCACAGUAACGCUGCAGCGAGCUGCUGUGGCUCCUCCAAGAUUUAUUAACGAACUGUUCGACACCACUGCCAUCGAGAACGAAAAAGUAGAAUUCCGAGUUUCCUUCGUAGGAGCCCCAGCCCCUCAGAUAAGCUGGUUCAAAGAUGGAUUCGAGAUAUUCAGUAGUCGCCGUACGAAAAUUAUCACCGACAAUGAAAUCAGUGUUCUGGUUAUCCACCAGGCGGCACUCACAGACGAAGGGGAGAUUAAGUGCACGGCAACUAAUCGAGCUGGUCAUACCAUAACCAUCUGCAACCUUUUCAUUGAUGCGUACCCUAAGAUUCGUUUACCCCGACAGUACGAAGAUGGAGUGAUAGUCGAAGCGGAUGAGGUUAUUCGACUGAAGAUUGGGAUCGCUGGUCAACCAACUCCCAUCGUCGAGUGGAGUCAUAACGGUGAAUUGCUGUCCGGUGGUGGCCGUUACGAAAUCGAAACAACGGACAAAAAUUCUUGCCUAAGAAUUUCCAAUGCUCAACGGUCCGAUCGUGGUGAAUACCAUUUGCGAGCGUUCAACAAACUCGGUGAAGAUUAUGGCUCGUUCCUCGUCACCGUUACGUCCCGACCUGAACCACCAGGCAAGAUCAGCAUCAGUAUGUCGGCUGGAAAAGCCGUUACACUCAGCUGGUCUGCCCCAGAGGACGACGGGGGCUGUAAGAUCGGUAAUUAUAUUGUCGAAUACUACCGCCUCGGUUGGGAUGUUUGGCUCAAGGCGUCGACCUGCCGUCAACUCAAUACCACCCUCAGCGGUCUUAUUGAAGGUUCCCAAUACCGUUUCCGUGUAAAGGCAGAAAACCCCUACGGAUUAAGUGACCCGGGCGAGGAAUCCGAUACAGUGUUUAUUCCAGACCCAAAACGGGGAAUCAACAGUGCCACGCAGAUUCCCGAGAGAGAUGAAAACGAUAAUAUACCGCAAGUUGAUGCCAACUUCCGUAAGCGUCGCGAUGAGUCCCGUUCUCCUGCCCGAGAUUUGGACAAGGUCAAGAAAGUGAAACCCUUCACUCAGGAAAAUUACACCCGUGCGGAAAUCGUGCGUGAAAUGUCAUACGGAACACGAGACGAAGAUUUCUUCAAAAUAAAACAGCCAGAGUCCCUCAGAGAACCCUCUCCACCUUUGGCACCACCGGUGCAGCCGCAAACCCAACCACCGACACCCCUCUCAUCCUCGCCACCAUCGGUGGUAAUAACAGAGCCAGAACCAAUUGAAACCACACCUCCGCAAACGGUACCGGCCCGACCUCCGAUUCAGCGCCCUCAAUCGUUCAACUCACCACUGAAAGCGAUGGAAAAAUUCACCAAGGAAACCAACCACUUCGCAGCGAUGAAUUCUCCCUCCGACAGCCAACUUUCCCCCAAUCCGCAUGGAGUUCUGUCCGAUCCGACAUCACCAACAACCUCCGACCAGGGAACGAUCCACAACAGCAGCGAGUUCAUGCUGGUGCUGUACAACGAACGGGAAGCGAAAAACAAUACACCCAUCAAUAAGCAGAGCAACGCCCGAUCAUUGCCAAAUUCCCGCCCUCAUCGGGAGGAGUAUUCGUCCCGUCGCACAUUUCAGAUAGUUAACAAACGUCUUCCGGGCUUUCGCCCGAUUCGCUCCGUACCGAUCGGUUCCGGAAACUCAACCUUCGAUUUUGAACUAGACGAAUUGGUUGCCCCGCCACCACCAUUAUCCCUGUCGGCACCCGAACUCAACGUGGAUCCUCCGCCGGCACCUGCGAUGCGUCCUGCUGUUAGCUCCACCGAAUUGCUCUACGAGCGAGCGAUGGCACGCUUCUACCAGGCGGUAGCGAUGGAGGAAUCCGAAAAUCAACGGAAAGAAAACGAACGCAGGAGAAGCUUUGGGGUCGUUGAACUACCACAGGCUCAGCAAGUGCCUGAUCACCCGCCUCAACAACAGCAACAACAACAGACUGGACCGGAAGCAACAGCGAUGACGCGUUUGGCUGACCGUAGAAGCAGCUUGCGUCGGCGUCUUUCCGGUGACAAGGAAGCUAUCGUUAAGCAGUCUAGCUUCGAGAGUGACGGUAGACAACAUUCCAGCGCGAUCGAAGAGGUAAUUCCAGAGGAAAAGGCCGAGAACAUGGAGGAAACGGUAGUGGAAGAAUUAGCGAUCGCAAUGAAGGAAAAUAAAGACGAUUUCAAGAAGGAGGAAUCGAUCGAAGAAAUCGAUGAAGAUAUUUCGAAUGCAUCAUCAAUGGACUCGAUGAUCGAGGAGCUGAAACUCCGCGAGAUGUCACGAUCGAGCAGAUCGCAGCUGGAGAGCGACGACGAAGAAAUGGAUACAUAUCACCCCGGACAGAAACUGACAUCACCAUAUAGAAAUUCAGAUCCGAGUCAGGCGAUUGAAGUCCUUACAAAACCAUUGCCAAUGCCAGAUCCGAACUUUGUGCCUAAGCCAAUUUUGAAGCGACCAUCCACCGAGAUGCUUACAAAAGACGAGAAAAAGGAGAAAAUUGUCCCAAGCAAACCAGAAAGAAAAAGUUUAUUGAAUGUUUUCGAACGAAAAUCACCUACGAAGGAAGAGCGACGCCCACAACCGGAGAAGGAAAAGACACCCGAAGUUGAAACAACUGACACAAAACAAGAGGCUCCUUUGAGCGAGAAGCAAGGCCCAACACAAGAGGAGAUAUCCAUAGCUAUUGUUGCGGAAGUCGUGCGCCAAAAACGGCUUGAAUCGAGACAAAACUCUGAAGAGGAAUCAAGAGCGGUUGCAGACUUUUAUGGAGAAAUCCUUGAACGAGUGGAAACAUCGAAGAAACCACGCAAGCUGCCAAUGUACAUGAGUCCGGAUGAAGUUCGCAAGCACAAUGAAAAAGAUCGCUCGCGAGACACUUCCUACGAUCGUUUCGUAAGAUCACGCUCGGGUUCGCGAUCUCCGCUACCAGUUGAAGAAAUAUAUCGAGUUCCGAAGUCCCGUUCACCGUCGCUUGCCUCGGAGAGUUCUGUGAUAAAGGGGAAGCCUGCUCGUGAGAGUAAAAUUCUCCGGCAACGAUCCGCUUCGAUCGAUAAAGAUCAAGGACAGAGACCUCCCUCUGUUGCACAGGAGCAACCACCACCAGUGAGGAUUUUGAAUCGUCCAGAACCUGCAUUUAGCCCUGGCGUUGUACGUGAUAGUAGGAAGCGAAUCGUCUCUAAGCCAGGUUCACGAAGUAAUUCUGCAGUUCGUGACGCAGAAUCCCUCCUAGACAAUACUCCGAAUGAGGCAGCUAGACGAGGUAAACUCCGUGGUGAUUCUAACCGGCAACCGUCUGCACCACAGCAGUCGACUAGUUUUGUAAUUCCUCCUAAACCUCAAAAUCCACCUGCACCGUCCGGCCCGACACCACCUCCCUCAACUCCCGAACCACGGUCACGCUCUCAAUCACGAACCCGGGAACCAACCCCCGAAGAGACCUCUCUCAAAUCCACUUUGUCUCACCUGACAGAUGUGGCGCUAUUCGCCAUAGCGUGCUGGUUAUAUCUCUUCAAGAAUCCCAAGCUAGCGAUUCCGGUGAUUAUCUUGAUCAUGUAUCGGCACAUUAGCGAUGCCCUGCGGAACCGUAUUCCGCCCUGGAUGAAACAAACUAUCAGCUAACCGAAGCUCUCGGGUUCAAAUGAUUUGCAUAAAGACAUAAUCUCAACGAAAAAAGAAGGACAUAUUUUAACCUAUCUUUAAUCCGAAGUUUUCUCUUUGCGGUACACAGUUUUGGAGACAUACCGUUUCGCAUCCCGUACGAAGAGAAUUGGUUUAACUGUGUUGCACUUUUUGUUGCUCUUUUUUAGGUAGAAAAAUGUGAGAAUGUUGCACAAUGUCGAAUUGAGUGUGUUGCGUCACAUGGAACACACGGUUAACAGUCAGCACAGGCAAUUUAAAACAAACAUCAUUUAACGUUUCAUGUUGGUUUGAAUUAAUACGAAUCUAUUUUGUGUGAGCCAAUAAAUCGUUCCAUUAAACAAGAAAAAACAACCGACACGCUAAAGUCAUUGAACACGUUUUAUCAUUAUCACUUAAGCGGAAACUAUUGUUUAACCUAAUUGUAUCGUUACACACUUUCGUUCAAUGUUUAAUAAAUGUUUUAAUUACACCCGGAAACAUCUCAACAUUCUUAUUUGAUCUGACAUACUGUACUGUCUUCACAAGUCACGUACACCCCUCCCAUUGUGUUCUAAAAUAUCCCGCUGACUGUUUCCUGCGGCAAAGUUUAUGCAACUAUCAGUCUGUAUGUUUGCUAGCAAAGAAAUAAAUUCGUUUUUCAAGUUGCCA